UACCGUAGCGAUGCAAACAUUGAAUUCCAUAUUUAAAAAAAACAUUGCAAUGAUUUCGCAAUAAAUGAGUUUCAUUUUAAAUGGACCUAACAAUUCGAAUUCACAAACACUGAUACAUCUAGGUACCGAUAGUUACAUAGAUAUCCUAGACUUAUGGAAGUUACUAACCGAAAACAUCGCUUUCUUGAAAUAUCAAUUGUGCUUUUGAGUACCUGCUUCAUACAUGUUUGUGGAGAUUGUGCAGGUCUUGUAUCCACUCUUAUAGCGGAUUUUUACAGUUAUAAGACCGUCACUACUGACGGGUAUCCAUCACCUUAUGCAAACUCUCUCACAUGUGAAUGGAAGAUUGACUCGGGAUUACCAGGGGACAAAGUUGCAAUAAGUUUCCUCGCCUUUAAUUUAGAAACAUCCUUUGAUAAAUUGAGAGUGUAUGAUGGUGAUAGUGCGUCGUCAAGUUUGGGGUCUACAUAUACAGGAAGUCUUGAUGAUAGAUUUUACAUAUCGACUGGACAAUACCUAUUUUUGAGGUUUACGACUGACUUCUCUGUCACGUGGUCAGGCUUUAAAAUACAGUAUAUCACCAUUAAAGGCAGCAUCAUAAAGCCUAACUGCGCUGAUAGCAUAACUUUGGACGAAUCUUCUGUAGACAUCGAACACCAAUAUGCUUUACAUACCUUCAGUUCGCCAAUCACAAGUUUGUUUUGUGAAUGGACAAUUAAUUCGGCAGCAAAUGCCCAAUUCUCGAUAAAUAUUGUAUAUACAGACUUUGACGAUUUCUCAACCUACACUUGUGACCAGACAACGGAGUACGGCUUAUCAGUAUGGGAAGAUUCAGUAAUAACAUACCAGCUUUGUGACCUUUUACCAGAUUCUCUUGUUUCCAUGUACGUAUCUGGCGGACAUACAAAUAAAGUGAAAUUCAGGACCCCAACUAUCAACGGUGUUGACAGAGGAUUCAUAAUCACCUUAAAAUAUAUUGGAACAACUGCGGUCCCGAGUAGCGCUAUUCCUACAGUGGCUAGCUUGUCUAGUGUUUGUGGUUCACGGACUAACCCGACACGCCUUACAGUUGAUAAUGUAACAGAACAGUUUGUCGUUUCACCAGGUUAUCCAGGCCAAUACUCAAACAAUCUUGAUUGUUGGUGGAUUCUAACAUCUUCUACUGGAAUCCGAAUACGUCCAUACCAUAUUUUCAUCGAGGCAUCAGAUAGUUUGACAAUAUAUGAUGGACCAACCUCAAGCUACGUUUCUCUUGCGUACUUUUAUGGAACAUACAGUUCGCAUUUGUCAACUUAUCUGUCAACAGGAAGUAGCGUUACAAUCAAUUUCAGAACUGACGGAUCAACAACAGACACUGGCUUUUCUAUUGGCUGUAUCGAAAUCUCACCAGUUAUUCCAAGUUGUGCACCUAGUGGAUUUGUACUUUUGAAUGCUACCUCUACAGAAAAGGCUUUACAGUCGCAUGCAGGAUAUGGAUCCAUUGAUUAUAGGGAUGAUUUGGAAUCAUAUUGGCUGAUUGAUACAGGACCAUCAUCAACUACAAUUUACAUCAAGUUUACUUCAUUUCGCUUAGAAUCAGCUGUUACUUGCGCAUACGAUUAUGUUAAAGUAUAUGCAGGUGCAUGUGUGGAUGAUAAUAAUAGAAUACAGUUUCUUUGUGGAAUACAGACAGACAUUACCUUCAGCAGUACACAAGGGAGAUAUGUAUUAAUUCAUUUCCGUACAGACAGUACUAUAAAUUACGAAGGAUGGGAGUUAGAAUAUUCUACAUCAGAUGGUCCGGCGGAUGCGAGUACAGCCGAUAGUAACGAUUCAUGGAGAAUUGUUAUUGGUGUUGUAUUCGGAAUUUUUGCAUUUAUCUUUUUCAUUUGUUAUUGUUGUAAAAAACAAAGUCGUACUAAAAAAGCUAAAUCGUCGAUGAUUCCUGCACAAGCUACUAGCUUCCAACAACCACCUGUACGGAAAACAAUACCAAACCACGUUGUCAUAACGAAACGUCCGCCAAAAACUAGACCCGCCUAUGAAAUUGACACCCAGAAGCGACAACAGAAGAGAAACCAACAAAAAGAAACAAUCAAUUUAAAUAUCUCUUUAAAUGUUGUUAUAAACCAAUCUGUCUUACAGCCUCAAUUACAACAAUCCUAUCCCCCUCCAAAUUAUUAUGGGGUCGUUCAACAAGGUGGGGACCCAGCAUAUCCCCCAAUACACACUGAUCAAACAUUUAACCAAAAUCAGAAUGAAAUGUACAAUCGACCCCCUUAUCAACCUGCAAUUGAUCCUAAUAAUGUGCCCUCCCCUUUUACUUAUACCGAUAAAUAUUAAUCAAUUAUCGGAUUAAGAUACAGAUGAUAUGUUAGCGCUGUGCAUUCUUAGGUCUAACGACGGUCUGUUCUACUUCUGUUAAAAAGACCUUAAUGAUGCAAUAUACCAUUUAUAAAAGCUUUAAAAUAUAGCAUACGAAAUUUAAAAGAAAAGUUAAACGGUACCUAUGCUUUAAAGGAAAAAGUUUAUUAUGCUUGUUUCGUUAUUGCGUUGGUCGUAUCUUCAGGUCUUAAAUAAUUCCGUUCGUCAUUCCCUUAAUGUUGCAGUGUAGUUUUCAGCGAUUUUCCAAGAGACUUAUAGAUAACAAUUCUCUGAAAUUUUGAUAUCGAGCUAUAUAUGAGCUAUAUCGUACUGUGUGAACCAAGGUGUCGUUCAACUUUGGAUUUUUCAAAGCAUAUACAAAAUAAAAUAAUGUUGUAUUGGUACCUUUUUUUGUAUCAUCGGAAUAAAUAUAUUUCAAUCCAUGAAGAAAUAAUUAUAUCUAUUGAUCUAGAACAUUUUUUGUAGAAAAAUAACUAUAAUUAAUUAAUUCAAAAUGUAUGGCAUAAUAUUCAUGAUAGUAGACAGAUUUGAUGACAUGGUUAACGUGCAUCAGAGAUCAGGUUUACUCGAACAUGAGACAUGCUACCGCCGGACUAUUUCAAUCCACUAAAUUAAGGUAGAUGUUUUGUGUUAAUUUUUCCAAAAAUGAAUGUGCAAUGUAUCUGAGUUGCCAUAAGUUAAAGGAUUUAGUGUGCCAUAAGUUAAAGUAAAUCAUCCGAGACGUCGUCGAGAGAUUUUCAUCUGUUAAUUGUGGUUAUAAUAUCAAAUGGUGUCACAAUUGUACA